AGAGAAAUGCUUUCCUUGCCCUGCUGGGUUUCACUGUCCAAAAGGACUAAGACACCGCUGUCCUCCUGGCUUCUAUUGCCCUCAGAAAACUGGAACCCAUUUGCAUCCUUGUCCCCCUGGGACUUACAAUCCCUCUUACGGACUCAGCCAGGCUGAGAGGUGUCAGCAGUGCCCUGCAGGAAUGUUCUGUGGAGACUGGGGAUUAUCCUCUCCAAGUGGUCCCUGCUGGCCAGGAUUCUUCUGCACAGCAGGAGCAAGUGUCCCAAACCCUAAUGGAGCCACCAACACGAGCACUGGUGGCCCAUGCCCACCUGGCCACUUCUGCCCAGCUGGCACAGCUAUCCCUCAGCAGUGCCCUGUGGGCACUUACUCAGACAGGCUGUCCAUCGGGCAGGAGUCCAGCUGCACAGCGUGCCCAUCUGGCUAUUACUGCCGCUCUGCUGGCCUCACGGCACCCUCAGGACCCUGCUCAGCUGGGUACUACUGCCUCUCUGGAGCUUCCUCACCAUCACCACCUGGUGUGUGGGAGAAAGGAGGCCCUUGUCCUGUGAGCCACUUCUGUCCCGAAGGAAGCAGCUUUCCCUUAGCGUGCCUUGCAGGGACUUACAACAACCUCACCAGACAAGCUGCGUGCUUUCCUUGUGCAGCAGGCUACUACUGCCCAGAAAAUACUACCAGCUACAGUGAGAAUCCGUGCCCAGCUGGCUUCUACUGCCCCAGAGGUGAGAUGAGCCCAGGGGACAAGGUCAGCUAUCAGCCAGGGUGAAAUAAUUUUUUUUUUUUUAAGGCAGGGAGUGAUCCCUGUGAAAUAAACCUUCAGCCAUCAGUCUGGUUCUUCACAGAAAAAUAACCCAAUCAUUUAAACCACAGACAAGGCUGUCAUUUAACCCCCCCACCAGUAAGCUGAUCAGCACCUGGAGGUUGUCGUGGCCCUGAAAGCCAGGCUGUGCACUGGGGAGGUCAACACGGAG